AUCCCCAAUUUGUAGAUCAUAUGGGAAAACACGGAAGCUGCUUCGGAUGGGGUACCGCACUUGGUUUAUAUUUCCAGAGAGAAACGACCAAAGCAUCAACAUCAUUACAAAGCUGGCGCAAUGAAUGUCCUGACUCGAGUCUCUGGGUUGAUGACAAACGCUCCGUUCAUGCUGAACGUAGACUUUGACAUGUUUGUGAACAGUCCAGUGGUUGUCCGUCAAGGAAUGUGUGUGCUUCUUGGCACAAACAAUGAAAGAGAAAGUGCUUUUGUCCAGUUCCCACAAAUAUUCUAUGAUGCACCUAAGGAUGAUCCUUUUGGGAAUCAAUUCGUUACUUUGUUCCAAUAUUUGGUUCCAGGAAUAGCGGGAAUCCAACGGCUUUUCUAUUGUGGAACAGGAUGCUUUCUUAGACGAAAAGUUAUAUACGGUUUAUGGCCGGACGAUGAAGAUACUUCCAUCGUUGGGAACUUAAGUGACAAUGGUUUGGUAAAAGAAUAUGGGAAUUCAAAAGAGUUCUUGGAGUCGGCAGCUCGUGCUUUGAAAGGGAAGAUAGAAUUUCCGACCAACCUUUCAAAUAAUCUUGAGGCAGCAUGCCAAGUUGCAGGUUGUGCCUAUGAGAAUGGUACUGACUGGGGAAAUAAGGUUGGUUGGAUAUACGGAUCGACUACCGAGGAUAUCUUGACAAGCCUGAUAAUUCAUAACAAGGGGUGGAUGACCAUUUAUGUAGCGCCGGAUCCACCAGCCUUUUUAGGCUGUGCGCCAUCAGUUGGUCCGGUGGCCAUGACCCAACAAAAGAGGUGGUCUACAGGCUUACUUGAAGUUCUUGUGAGCAGGAACAGUCCCAUAUUCGGCUUCCUUACAGCAAAGCGUCAAUUUAGACAGUGUUUGGCAUAUGUUUUUUUGUUGUCUUGGAGUAUAGAAUCAAUUCCUGAACUUUGUUAUGCUGCUCUUCCUGCAUAUUGCAUCAUCGCAAACUCCCAUUUCUUGCCCAAGGUCCAUGAACCAGCUAUAUGUAUUCCUGUUGCCAUUUUUGUGCUUUACAACCUGUAUACCCUGCUGGAAUACUUGAAAACAGGACUGUCCUUCAGAGUAUGGUGGAAUAAUCAGAGAAUGGCAAGAAUAGCAGCAACAAAUGCAUAUUUGUUUGGAGUUUUAGGUGUUUUGCUUAAGUUCUUGGGACUUUCCGAAACCGUCUUUGAAGUAACCCCAAAGGAUCAGCCAACUGAUGAUGAUGUCUCCGAAGCUAAUACUGAAUUUACAUUUAAUGAAAUGCCACUUUUUGUGCCGGGUACAGCUGUUUUGCUGGUGCACAUCACCUCAAUGUUUACCAUCUUGUCAGGGCUGCGACGGCCAGUUUCCGGUGAGAAUGGGGUUGGACCACUUGAGGUCUUGUGCAGCAUUUGGGUGAUCCUUUGUUUCUGGCCUUUUUUAAAAGGGCUGUUUAGGAAAGGAAAAUAUGGGAUCCCAUUACCCACCAUAUUUAAGUCUGCUGCAUUAGCAUUAGUUUUUGUGAACUUAUGUUGGGCCUCAGUGGGUUGAGACAUGAUUUCUUGAUGUAUAUAUUGUCAGCAAUAAAUAAAUGCAGCUUAAUUAG